AGGCACUAGAGAGAGAAAAAGAGAGAUCAAUUCAUCGACGACGUAGCCAACAAAAGCCGGAAAAGGGAGAGAGAGAGAGAGAGAUGUGAUAGGUAGCCACGUUAAGACGGGAGCUGAAUACAAGAUUACAAGACAAGUAAUUGAGGGUGACGAACCAAAACCAAAUUCUGAAUCUUAAUUUACGGCAACCGACAGUUCGUCGCCGUCAGAUCCAUUGUCGCCAGGGAACAAUCAAUCUACGGGCACUCGAGAAGAAAGCGCCUCCAUAUCGGGUAAGGUCGAAGCGUUUCCGGAUCUUUCCGGAAACUGGGUACCUUUCUGACACGGGGAGGAGAAAUCUUCAGACUUCGUCUUGAAGCAAAGCCUAAUGUAAGCAAGGAUGCGAAAUGAUUACGGUGGAAAUCUCGGGCGCGGAAAGAGAAGGGCAAGAAUUUGGAUCGUGCUUUCUGGCAAUCUCGUUUGAUAUUCUUCGUUUCUACAAGGAAUUGAGUAAGUGAGCAAAUUGGCUUGGUGGAUUGAUGGGUUUGCCGUCGUUUUAGUCGACCUAAGACGGCGGUUUGGUUGGUGAUUUCGAUUUAUGGGACGAUUUAUCGAUUUAGGAUGAAGAGGAUGGCGUGAUUCACAGCAAAUGGCGCUGUUCAGGAAGUUCUUCUACAAGAAGCCGCCUGAUGGGCUUCUGGAGAUUGCAGAGAGAGUCUAUGUGUUUGAUUGUUGUUUCUCCACGGAUGUUUUGGAUGAAGACAUGUACAGAAGCUAUAUGGGAGGCAUUGUCAAGCAACUUGGCGAGCAGUUUCCUGACUCUUUUUAUAUGGUUUUCAACUUCAGAGAGGGUGAAAGGAGAAGCCAGCUAAUCGACAUCUUGUCGGAGUAUGAUAUGAUUGUGAUGGAUUACCCUCGGCAAUAUGAAGGGUGUCCAUUGAUAUGUUUGGAGAUGAUACACCAUUUCUUGAGGUCCAGCGAAAGCUGGUUGUCCCUGGAGGGGCAGCAUAAUGUGUUGCUUAUGCAUUGCGAACGUGGAGGAUGGCCUGUCCUUGCUUUCAUGCUGGCAGGGCUCUUGAUCUACAGGAAACAAUACAGCGGAGAACAGAAGACUUUGGAUAUGAUAUACAAGCAGGCACCUCGAGAACUAUUGCAGCUCUUGUCCCCAUUGAACCCUCUGCCUUCUCAGUUACGAUAUCUGAAUUACAUUUCUAGGAGGAAUGUAGGUUCAACAUGGCCUCCUGCUGAUAGGGCCCUCACUUUGGAUUGUGUUAUUCUUAGAGACAUACCCAACUUCAAUGGAGAAGGUGGAUGCAGGCCUUUAUUUCGUGUCUAUGGUCAAGACACAUUUAGCUCUACAAAUCGAAGUACCAAAGUUUUGUUCUCAGUGUCAAAGAAAAUAAAAAACCUUCGGCUGUAUCGUCAGGAAGACUGUGAACUAGUUAAGGUUGAUAUCCGCUGCCAUGUUCAAGGUGAUGUUGUCCUAGAAUGUAUUAACUUGGAUGAGGAUAUGCAACGUGAAGAGAUGAUGUUCAGGGUCAUGUUCAAUACAUCUUUUAUCAGGUCAAAUAUUUUGAUGCUCAACCGUGAUGAAAUUGAUAUACUAUGGGAUGCUAAGGACCGGUUUCCUAAGGACUUCAGAGCAGAGAUUCUCCUGUCUGACAUGGAUACUGGUUCAACCUUUAGCACUGUUGAUGCUACGGGGGUGGAAGAGAAAGAGGGCCUUCCAAUGGAAGCUUUUGAUAAUGCUCAAGAGAUCUUCAACAGUGUGGAUUGGCUAGAUGAGAAAGGAGAUGCUGCAGUUUGUAUGCCUAGCCAGACAAAACCAUCCAAUGUUUUCCAACAGAAGUUGGACAAGAAUGUUGCUAAAAACAAUUUAGAAACUCAGGAUGGGGUGAAGAAGUUAAAGCCUGAUGUACAUCAAGAGAAAACAUUUCAUCCAUUAGAAGAGACACCUAAAAGAUAUGAAGCUGCUCCGAGCAGAACCAAGUCUGACAUGGAACAAUCGUGUGAUUUAUCAACAUCUAGCUCUCGGUCAAAGGACUUGUCUCAGAGUCCUCUAGAGGAACACACUGCAGACAAGAAUACACAAGUCACUGCAGACAAGAAUACACAAGUUUCUUCUGCUUCUUUGAAGACUUCAGUGUUUUCUGCAAGUCUAGAUGGUGACAGGGAUUAUUCUCAAAAAAAGCCUGGGACAGACGCAGACUUGUCAUACAUGCACCAGUCUGCACUAUCCCCAUCUUUUCCACCAGUCACUGUCUAUUCAUCUAAAGCAUCUGGAUCAGGAAUAGUACCAUCAUUGCAAUCCACACCAACAUCAAUGGCUGGAUCACAACCACCGCCACCACCACCACCUCCUCCCCCCUAUGCUCCAGUGGCCCCUAACUUAACUAUUUCUGGUUCUUCUGGAGUAACAGUUGCCUUGUCCAUAUCUCAGGCACCAUCUUCUGUUUCUCUAUUGCCAUCUGUGACUGAUCAUGGCUCAAUACCUCCUUCACCUUCCUCACAAUCUCCUUUGGAACGUCAACAUACACAAGCUGUCUUGGAUGCAACUUAUUCUCCAUCAACCCCUUCCCCAUUUGUUACUAAAACUUGUACACCUGUGCCACCUCCACCACCACCUUUUCCACUGAAGCCAACAGAAAAGGUCUCCCAGAUACCCCCUCCAUCUCCUCCUCCAGUGACAAAGAUGUCUGUGAUAGCAGCUAAUGCCCCACCUCCACCGCCACCACCUCCAUUAACUUCCAAGACUUUCAGUACAACAAGAGUCAUGGCAAUAGCCACUAGUCCUUCCCCUCCUCCUCCACCACCUCCAUUAACUUCUAAGGCGUCCAGUGCAACAAGAGUGGUGACAAUGACCAGUGAUCCACCCCCUCCACCACCACCACCUCCAUUGACUUCUAAAGCCUCCAGUGCAACAAGUGUGGUGGCUAAUCCUCCACCUCCACCACCACCACCACUUACUUCUAAGGCCAGUUCAACAGGAGCAGCACCGCCACCUCCUCCUCCACCCCGUUCUGCAUCUGCUUCUUCAAAGCAACAAGGAGCUUCACCACAGAUGGGAGCACCCAGUAGUUCAAUGUCAGGAGCAAAAGGACGUGGAGUCGCACGGGCCCCCAGCCCUAUGCUUCGUCCUACACAGACAUCAAAGAAAACUUCAUUAAAACCAUUGCACUGGGUUAAAGUGACAAGAGCGAUGCAGGGAAGCUUGUGGGCAGAAUCUCAGAAGCAAGAUGAGGCUAUCAAGCCCCCAGAGUUUGACAUGUCAGAGCUUGAGAGUCUUUUCUCAGUUGCAGCUCCUGCCUCUGAACAAGGCAGUGUGGGAGAAAAAGCAAGACGCCGACAUUCUGUUGGUCAUAAACCUGAUAAGAUCCAUUUGAUAGAUUUGAGACGAGCUAACAAUUGCGAAAUCAUGCUUACGAAGGUUAAAAUGCCAUUGUCUGAUUUGAUGAGUGCAGUGCUCGCCUUAGAUGACUCAAUAUUGGAUGUUGAUCAGGUGGACAAUCUUAUAAAGUUCUGUCCCACCAAAGAGGAAAUGGAACUGCUCAAGGGCUAUGGUGGAAAUGCAGAGAGUUUAGGGAAAUGUGAGCAGUUUUUCUUGGAGUUAAUGAAAGUGCCUCGAGUGGAAUCCAAGCUAAGAGUAUUUUCUUUUAAAAUCCAGUUUUAUUCCCAGGUCUCAGAUUUGAGGAAGAACUUGAACAUUGUAAAUUCUGCUGCUGAAGAGAUAAAGAAUUCUAUUAAAUUGAAGAUGAUUAUGCAGACAAUCCUAUCCUUAGGAAAUGCAUUGAAUCAAGGAACUGCAAGAGGUUCCGCAAUUGGCUUCAGGUUGGACAGUCUGUUGAAACUAACUGAUACACGUGCCCGCAACAACAAAAUGACACUUAUGCAUUAUCUCUGCAAGGUGCUUGCUGAUAAGCUUCCAGAACUUCUAGAUUUCCCCAAGGACCUCAUCAGCCUAGAGGCUGCAUCAAAGAUACAAUUGAAAACAUUGGCAGAAGAGAUGCAAGCUAUUAGUAAAGGCCUAGAGAAGGUUGAGCAAGAAUUGACAGCAUCUGCAAAUGAUGGUCCUGUCUCACAUGGUUUCCAACAGACAUUAAGGGGGUUCCUUGCUGCUGCGGAAUCUGAAGUCCGAUCUUUGACAUUGCUGUAUUCUGGAGUGGGUAGAAAUGCAGAUGCGCUUGCCCUAUAUUUUGGGGAGGACCCUGUUCGUUGCCCAUUUGAACAAGUUAUUUCUACACUGUUGAACUUUGCGAGGAUGUUUAGACAUGCACAUGAAGAAAAUAAUAGACAGGCUGAGCUUGAGAAGAAGAAAGCCCAAAGGGAAGCUGAAAAUGAGAAGUUGAAAGUUUCAACUCCAAAGAAAGAAUCAGAGCAACCCUUCGGAUCACCAGUCAAGGGUGUGAAAUAACAAAAAAUCAUAAUCUAAACUGUGUAUAUACGACCACUGCUAUGAUGCCGCCUGUACUGGUCCGUCCUCCUUGUCCGUGAUUCUGGUGCUCCUAACGAUGCAUGCAAACAACGGAAGUUGGCCAAAAUGGUUUUUCCUUGCAGCGAAGAGCUGUUAGAGAAACUGAUUAAAAGCUGAUGCCAAGGGCUUCUGAUGUCAAUCCUAGCUCCACUAUUGUCCUGCAAGAAGCGAGGAUUUUGGACUCAAGAUGGUCACCUUGUAAAGCACACCCACAUUCACUGUAUUUGUUUGUAACAUCAUUUUGGUAUUUCUUUUGCACCUUUUUUUGCGUGUAGCCUCUGAUGGUUCAUGUAAUAUGAUAGUGUAGCACUUCAGAGUGAAUUGUUUUGGAAGUAUGAAUAUAAUCCCAUUUUGACGAGUCA